UGUGCACCCCUAGUACCGCUUUUGGCAUCGUCUGACAAUCUGGCAACACCACACUGGAUGACAAACAGUUCUGUUCGUUUUGCAAAAUAAACUUGUAAAUUAAUAAUUCCUUAACAAUGGCGCGCCGCUAUGAUUCCCGCACCACGAUCUUCUCGCCGGAGGGCCGUUUGUACCAGGUGGAGUACGCCAUGGAGGCCAUCUCGCACGCCGGCACCUGCCUGGGCAUCCUGGCCGAGGACGGCAUUCUCCUGGCCGCCGAGUGCCGCAGCACAAACAAACUGCUCGACAGCGCCAUUCCCUCGGAGAAGAUCUACCGCCUGAAUGAAAACAUGGUCUGCUCCGUGGCGGGCAUCACCUCCGACGCCAACGUGCUGACCGCCGAGCUGCGCCUGAUCGCCCAGCGCUACCAGUUCAGCUACGGCGAGGUGAUUCCCUGCGAGCAGCUGGUCUCGCACCUGUGCGACAUCAAGCAGGCCUACACCCAGUACGGCGGAAAGCGGCCCUUCGGCGUCUCGCUGCUCUACAUGGGAUGGGACAACAAGUACGGCUACCAGCUGUACCAGUCGGAUCCCAGCGGCAACUACGGCGGCUGGAAGGCCACCUGCAUUGGCAACAACUUCGGGGCGGCGAUCUCCAUGCUGAAACAGGAGCUGGCCGACAAGGAGAACGUGAAGCUGACGCUGGAGGAUGCCAAGGAUCUGGCCGUCAAGGUGCUCAGCAUGACCCUGGACACCACCAAGCUGACCCCCGAGAAGGUCGAGAUGGCCACGUUGCAGCGUGUGGACAAUAAGACCGUCUACAGUGUCCUGGAGAAGGCCGAUGUGGAGAAGCUGAUCGAGAAGUACAACAAGGUGCAGGCAGAGGCAGAGGCUGCCAAGAAGGAGAAGCAAGCGAAGCAGCCGGCCAAGUAAUCCCAAGGAUGCAUAAUUAUUGAUUAAGGGUAUAUCCUGAUUUUUGUAAUCGAAGUUCGGAGCGUGUGAAAUAAAAUUUCAAAAAAAGAA